UACUAUACCCAUCGCUUUCGAGAUUUUUCACUUUUGAUGAGAUGCCUAAAAAAAUUGGGCUGUGUGCAGGAUUUUUCAACUCAGCUAAUAUACCGACAGUUAUAAACAUGGAGGGAGGAAUUAAUGUAGAGUAAUAGAGAAGAGAAAAGUAAACAAACCAGAGUAUCAACCAGAGUCUAAUCCUUAAGUAUGAGUAGUCUAUCGAAUAGAGUAAUGAACAUGAAGUUCAUGCAAAAGACUGAAGGGUCAGAGCGGAAAGAGGGAGUGGAAGAGGGAGAAGUUAAGAAAGUUAAAGAUAGUUCAGAAUGGGUUAAUCCCAAUACGGCCGAAUUAAUUCGAAAGUUUAAGACUCGACAUGGAAAUAGUAAUGUUCAUAGUAUAGGAUAUGGUAGUAUUAAUUCAUUUAAUAAUAGUAAUAAUAAUAUUAAUGUUGAACAAGUUCCUAUCAUACCGACAAGGAGACAAUGGGGAAGUGCUACUACUACUACUACUACUAAUAAUAAAGAUACUAGUGAUGAAGAAGAUAUACUGGUACUUAAAGUAUCGAAACUUAAGGAUGGUAAAUCUCAAAAACUACAAUGACUUUAAAAAGUUGAAUAAUAAUAAUAAUAAAGAAUCUCAAUCACCACCAGAUUCUUCACCGGAUUUAGUUAAUGAAUUAUGGAAUAGUAUUGGUAAGAAGCGGAAAAGUGCCCCUACCAAUACGGAACAAACUAAGCCUAAAAGGAAUAAGAUUCAGAAAUAGAUUUAGUAGUUACUUCUUUUUCUUUGAU